AUGAAUCCUUCUCUGGAACCGCUAGCUAUAACUGGGAUAUCUCUAAAAUUCCCAGGAGAUGCCGUAUCUGCUGAAUCAUUCUGGAAAUUGAUCACAGAAGGCCGCUUGACAAUGAGAGACUAUCCACCCGAUCGAUCAAACAUUGAUGCAUUUUACCAUGCAGAUCACGGUCAGGCAAUGGAUCCCCAGCAGCGUCUAAUUUUGGAGACUGUCUAUCACGCUUUCGAGAAUGCAGGGAUGACGCUUGAUCAGGCUUCAGGCUCUAAGACCUGCGUGUACGCUGGGUCAUUUGGCCACGACUAUUCAACAAUGCAAGUCAAGGAUCCCAUAGACCUACCUAAGUUUUCCGCCACGGGGACUGGGAUGACUAUACUAUCUAAUAGAGUGAGCUGGUUCCUUAAUCUGACUGGGCCGAGUGCUACUAUAGACACAGCAUGCUCUAGCAGUCUGAUGGCCGUCGAUCUUGCGUGCCAAUCGAUUUGGAGCGGGGACUCCUCCAUGGGUGUGGCUAUUGGCAGCAAUGUGAUAAUCGGACUUGACACUAGCCUACCGUUGGAUAACCUCGGUCUAUUGUCUAGUGACAGCCGGUCAUACAGUUUUGAUCAGCGAGGCAAUGGCUAUGCCCGUGGCGAGGGGGUUGGUGUCCUGGUACUUCGCCCUCUCAAAGAUGCCAUCGAUCAUAAUGACACUAACAGAGCAGUGAUCCGCUCAUCAGGAUCGAAUCAAGAUGGACGAACUCAAGGAAUAACACAUCCUAGCAUGGACAUACAGCAGAAGCUCAUUCUAGACACGUAUAAGAAAGCCAACCUUGAUUUGUCUCUAACAAGCUAUGUCGAGGCUCAUGGAACAGGAUCUGUGAAAUCCACAAUCGGUCACCCAGAGGGUGCAAGUGGCAUUGCGGGUGUCAUUAAAACGGUGAUUGCUCUCGAAAAAGGAAUAAUCCCCCCAAACAGCGAUUUUCAGCAAUUGAAUCCUAGGAACGACGAUGUCUAUCUCCCCUCUGUAAGUUCGUUUGGGUUUGGAGGAUCAAACAGUCACAUAGUGCUGGAUGAUGCCUAUCACUCUUUGCAGGCUAGUCAUGCGAAAGCAAACCAUAAUACAACCGUGUACGAGUCGAAUGGUUUAUCAAAACAAGGAAUAUCUUCACCUAUGCUGCUCGUUCUAUCUUCCACUGAUGAGGAUGGCUUUUCGCGCCUCAAGGAUGCCUUGGGACCAUUUUUCUCUUCUCUUAACACACCUAUCACGGAGAAGCAACACUUGCUUAAUAAUCUCGCGUACACUUUGUCUCUUCGUCGAAGUCAUCUUUCAUGGAGAACAUUUGCCGUUGUUUAUCCUGAUGAUGACUGGUCACAUCUGAUUGACAAUCUUGGCGCACCUCAGCACACUAUAAAUUCCCCUAAUUUAGCAUUCAUAUUUUCUGGAAAAGGGGCACAGUGGUAUGCUAUGGGUCGGGAGCUUCUUGACGCUUACCUUGUAUUUCGCGAGAGUAUCCGGGCAGCUGGGGCUUAUAUACAGACCUUCGGUUGUCAGUGGGACCUAAUAGGAUGCAAUGGCUUACAUAUCGCAGACGAGCUACGCAAGGGAGAGGCAGAGUCUAAUGUCAACAAAACAGAGUACAGCCAAAUUGUCUGCACGGCUCUACAGAUCGCCCUUGUUGAUCUCUUACAUCAUGUAGGGAUAGUUCCUGAGGCUGUAGUGGGACACUCGUCAGGUGAAAUUGCCGCGGCAUACUGUGCCCAUGCCAUAACCCGAGAGUCUGCAUGGAAGAUUGCCUUUUACCGCGGAUUAUGGACCAGCAAACUGGAAAGGUUCAGCAGUAUCAAUGGCGCAAUGCUUGCUGUUACUCUGUCGCCACAGGCCAUCGCACCAUUUUUCAAAAGAACGUCUACCCACUACUCUGCUUUAAGGCUAACUGUUGCAUGUAUAAAUAGCCCCCACAGUGUAACGGUAUCUGGGGAACAGCAGCAAAUUGACACGCUGAAAGAAAGGUUGAAGGUUAGAGUGGCUUACCAUUCCUUCCAAAUGAAUGAGAUUGAGACACAGUACCACCAGGCCAUGGGUCUGGUAGAAGGAACAGACCAUAGAGGCAAACGUCCAAACAUUCUCUCUUCUGUGACUGGGACCUGGAUCUCACAUAGUGAGAUGCGGAGUGCCUCAUAUUGGGUGCAGAAUUUGGUUUCAACUGUCAACUUUUGUGAUGCUUUGAGUACAUUCUGCUCAGAUACCACUGAUGUGGCUGUUAAAAAGCUGGAUGGCAGUCACCGAAACGCAUUAAGAAUGCGCCAUCUGCUUGAUGUUGGACCGCACUCAGUUUUACAGGGGCCCGUUAAGAAUAUCCAAAAGGGAAUCAGGGGAUCCGCAGCCACAUACCACCCACUACUAGUGAGGGGGAAAUCGGCCGUGGAAACCUUUCUACAAGCUGUCGGUCACUUAUAUGCUUCUGGGUACCCGACUAUCAUGUCUCGCGUGAACCCAUGCUCCUCAAAGCAGGAAAAGCCAAUGUGCUUACCCUCUCUACCCGAGUAUCCCUUCAAUCAUAGUAGGUCCUAUUGGCAUGAAAGUCAAAUCAGCAGAAACCAGCGACUUCCAAAGGUUAACAAAAACGACCUUCUUGGCAUGCCUGAAUCGAAUUGGAACCCCUUGGAGCCACGCUGGCGGCAUAUAAUUCGGGCUUCUGAUCUGCCAUGGAUCAAGGAUCACCAGGUUUCAGGCACAGUCAUAUAUCCUGCAGCCGGCAUGCUUGUCAUGGCGAUAGAGGCUGUCAAGCAGCUUGCAAGUCGCGAAAGGGUGAUCUCCCGGUUCAAGUUUGAAGAUACAGCAGUUCUUGCCACCAUCCGGAUUCCUCCGGGGGAUGGUGGAGUUGAGACGGCCUUUUACAUGCGACCACAGGAAGCCAUAGAGACCAAAUCUUCCCAAUUAUUUUCCUUCACAUUGUGCACAUAUGUGAAUGAAAUUUGGCUGGAGAAUUGCCACGGGCGCAUCCAUAUUAUGUACAAGCCCGUUGAACCGGAUCCAGUCAAUGGGAACAAGGUGGAGCGGGAGGAUCUUGCCGAUUCGCUAAGUUGUUUUUCAAAGGCACGAGAGAGGUGCACUUCACUCGUUUACCGCGACGUGAUAUACCAUCAUCUGGCGAAAUGUGGCUAUGAAUUCGGCAAGGCUUUCAGGCAGAUACACACCCUGGCCACGGGUGGAAAAAGCGAACACGAAGUCGUUGGAGAUAUGAACAACUUCCAAGUAUCUACGCAAUAUAUAAUUCACACUACUACUCUCGGUGGGAUUCUCCAGACGAUAUCAUGGUCUAUGACGAAAGGAGGCACAAUAACAGUUCCUGGCGUUGUGCAAACAUACAUCGGGUGUAUGUGGGUGGCUGGAGAGAGUUCCGCAUGCAACAUCCUCAAGACCCACACAGUGACGGAGACUUCGGCAAAUGGCACAUUGUUGACAUCAAUAAAGGUAUUUGACCAGGAUCUCCGCGAGGUCAUAGUGUCUAUCGAAGGACUAAAAUCCACCGCCACAACUUCAAAAAGCUAUGCAGAGAGCACGAAUGCUGUAGAUGACCAGCUGUGUCAUUAUUUUGAGUGGAAGCCUGAUAUAAACCUUCUGAGUAACGAGGAAAUCCACGCCUUGUGCCAAACGGCAUAUCCGAAUUUGUCCAUACCCAAGGACUUCCUCGUUGAACUUGACUUCCUAGUGAUGUUUCGAACCAUGGAAACGAAGUAUAUUGACUGGAUGACGCACCACAAGGGACGACUCCUGAAGGGAGAGCUUAUAUUCUCUACGGAGCCAUGGAAGAGUCGAUUUAGCGAUUCAAAAUAUAUCCAAGGGGUUGAGUCACGGGUGAUGAGUAAGAGUAAGCAGGGCAAGCUGCUUGUAAAGGUGGCACGACACUUGUUGGAGUUCUUGAACAAUGAGCUGGACCCAUUGGCAUUAUUUUACCAGGAUGACAUGGCCAAAGGCUAUUAUGCUGAACUGGUGAGACUGGUCGUAUCCAUUGGCUUGCAUCGUUCUAAUGCUUAUUUCAUGUACUUGGAGAAGUAUGUUGAUCUGCUAGCCCAUUCCAAUCCGCAGAUGAAUAUCCUUGAGGUUCGCGCUGGGACAGGAUGUGCGACCGCGGCCUUAUUACGUAUUCUCAGAAACGACAAUGAGCAGAAGCCAAUGAACCCUAAAUACGCACAUUGGGAGUAUACGGAUAUAUCACGCUUGUUCUUGGGUGACGCUGCGAAACAUUUCGCCUCUGAAGGAAGUCGAAUGGCGUUCAAAUUGCUACACAUUGAGGAGGAUCUGGCAGAUCAAGGCUUUGAAUAUGCAACAUAUGACCUUCUUCUUGCUUGUAUGGUAUUCCAUGCUACUUCAGAUCUGACCAGGACAUUGACUCAUGCUCGAAAACUGUUGAAACCCGGUGGGAAAUUGAUACUAGUCGAGCUGAUGAAUGCCUGCGCCAUUCGCUCUGCUGCAGCUUUUGGCCUUCUCGAUGGAUGGUGGUUUAAUUCGGAGCCAUACCGAUCUCUUGGUCCAUCUGCAGACGAAUCCCAGUGGAACAGUCUACUGUUAUCCACUGGUUAUGCCGGUUGCGAGAUCUUUUCCCCAGACUAUGAUGAUCAGACAUGUCAUGAGAUUGCAGUCAUUAUCUCUACAGCCACACAAAGCACAUCUCAAUCAGCCUCUGAUCAACCCAUUGACAUUGUGUAUGAACCCAAUGAUCUCCGUCAGGUUAAUCCAAACCAGGAUGCAAUCCCCUCAUCUAAAGUGACACUGCAGGUCUUCCUCUUGGAGUACCAAAAGCCGUUGCUGUAUGAUAUUAGGGAGGGAUUGUACAAUAGGCUUCAAGCUCUUCUACUUUCGACUGACCCUAUACUAUGGGUAACUAGCGGAGGUGGGAAACUGUGCUCACAGCCGAAGUCCCACCUGAUUGAUGGGCUAUUUAGAGUACUGCCAGAGGAAGACAGAAACAGGUCUCGCUACGUCCUUGCACUUGAUCCUAUGGAAAAUCCGGAGGUCCCUCACUAUGAGGCCAUCGCUAAGCUUACCGAACGGAUUUUGAGUGCCACCGAGGUUAUUGAUACAGAGUAUAUUGAGUCUAACGGGCUUUUGCAUAUUCCCCGAUUAACUGUUGGUCCUGUUCUGAACAAAGCUGUCUCCGACAGGGAACGAGUAGAUGCAGAAACGAAGCAGAAAUUUGGUUCCGGUCCACCACUCAAGCUGGACGUAUCCUCACCCUGCAUGUCAAAUGGGUUCAAAUUUAUUGAGGACUGUUCUGCACAACGGCCCCUCAGACCAAACGAUAUCGAGAUCCAAAACAGAUCGGUUAGAAUCAACUUUCGUGAUUUACUGGUGUCACUAGGCCAACUCGAGUCCAACCAGAUGGGCCUGGAAUGUGCUGGUGUUGUCGUCCGUGUCGGGAACUCAUGUAGAAGGAUCAAGGUUGGGGAUCGCGUUGUUGCGCUGCAUUCCUCUGCUUUUUCUACCCUCGUACGCAUCCCAGAGAGAGGCCCGGUGGCAGUUAUUCCCACAGGCAUGUCAUACGCAGAUGCAGCUUCCAUUCCAGUCAGCUUUGUUACAUCCUACAUUACACUGAGACAGGCCGCCUCCCUGCAGAGCGGAGAGUCGAUACUAAUCCACUCAGGGGCUGGCGGUACUGGGCAGGCGGCUAUUCACAUUGCACAAUACCUCGGUGCAGAGAUAUAUACGACUGUCUGGUCGGAAGCUAAAAAGCAACUCCUUAUCGACACGUACGGCAUUCCUGAGAACCACAUAUUCUCCAGUCGAACCGCUGGAAAAGGCGUUGAUGUGGUAAUUAAUUCUCUAUCCGGUGAUGCAAUGCUGGCUUCCUGGGAGUGCAUCGCAGCAUACGGUCGCUUUAUUGAAACUGGAAAGCGCGAUAUCCUGUCGAAUAACAGCCUGCCCCUGGGCAUGUUCGCUCGGAAUACCACGUUCAGGGGGUUCGAUUUAAUGGGGAUGAUGAUGGACCGCCCCGACAUCUGUUUAUCGGCUCUGGAAGACAUACUGUCGCUGAUGUCAAAGGGUAUUUUGCGACCUGUGCAACCACUUACAAGCUAUGGGAUUGGUGAAAUUGAGGCUGCCGUCAGAUUCAUGCAGACAGGGAAACAUCAGGGAAAGCUGGUACUCGAAAUUCAAAUGGAUGACAUGGUCAUGACUGUUUUGGAUAGAAAGCCUAACUUCACCUGUGACGGUAGCGCAACAUAUGUCAUUGCGGGUGGUCUCGGUGGUAUUGGCCAAAGCAUCGCAGCCUGGCUUGUAGAUCGCGGCGUCCGAAACCUCCUCCUGUUCUCACGGUCGGGGGCCGAAAGAACCGAAUCGAUAAAAUUUAUCAACUAUUUACACUCAAAGGGUGCUAGGGUUAUUGCUCCAGUUUGUGAUAUAUCGAAUGAAAGUGCCUUGAGUAGAGUGCUUGAGGAAUGGCAGUCUCAACUACCUCCUAUUAAGGGCUGUAUCCAGGCUGCCAUGACAUUACAGGAUACGUCAUACAAAGACUGGGAGACAGCAGUCAAGCCGAAGGUUCAGGGCUCAUGGAAUCUUCACUGUCUCUUGCCCAAGGGAAUGGAGUUCUUCAUUCUACUCUCGUCUCAAACAGGCAUCGUUGGCGCUCAUGGUCAGGCUAACUAUGCCGCGGGCGAUACAUUUCAGGAUGCCCUCGCGCGGUACCGAGUGAACCAGGGCGAAAGGGCUGCAUCACUAGACCUAGGUCGCAUCACUUAUACUGGGGCUGUGGCAAGCAAUCAGAAGCUUUUGCAACGAUGCCAAUCAAACUCAGUACGUGUACCCGUGACAGAGGCUGAGCUUAAAGGCUUGAUCGACUGCUACAGUAGCCCUUUGCACGGUUAUGAGCUAGACUGUCAACCAAUAAUCGGAGUGUAUCCCAGAGUCCGAGAAAGAGGCUCCGGGACACCCACAUGGCUAGAGAAACCACUUUUCAAUCGAGGACAGAAUUUCCAGGUUGCAGCAGCCAUUAGAAAUGCCCAGUCUUUGCCAGCCGGUAGUCAGGCCGUAACAAGGGCUCUAACUGCUAAACUAUCCCACGCGUUGGCGUUGGACGAAAAGGAGAUUAAUCCAGAUAAACACCUAAGCAAAUAUGGUGUAGACUCGCUCGUCGCUGUAGAGCUUCGUACGUGGUUUGCUGGGGAGCUGAAAGCCAAUAUUGCUAUCUUUGAUUUCAUUGGCAGUACGGGUGCGACAAUUGCACAGUUAGCAGCUAGCCGAAGUAAACUUCAGAAGGGGUACUCUGCGUAA